AUGCUUAUUAAGUAAUAUCCUGAUCUGCUCGAUCCUCUCAUUCCUAUCCACGAUCCUCACGCCAAUCGCUACUCAAUAUGGCUUUUGGUUCUUCUGGGCGGCUCGCUUCUUCCAAGGACUUCCAACUGCAAUUCUUGGAAUCGUUGUCUCCGUGGUGACAUGUCACUGGUCAACUCUCACUGAAAAUGGAACAUAUGUAUCUAUUCUGGCAGCUCACUACCAAAUUGCUCCACUGUUAACCAUGCCUCUGUCAGCUUAGAUGUGCAGUGUGGGAGGAUGGAGUUCAGUUUAUUAUACUCAAAGAACUAUUACAGCAAUCCUGAUUGUCUUGUUUGCUGUGUUCUACACUGACAAACCAUCGGAGAGCAAAUUUGUUUCAAAGGGAGAGCUGAAGGCAAUUGAAGAUGGGAAAUCAUUGGAAGAGAAGCAUGUUGAGAAGAGUAAGACUCCAUUCGUCGCAAUUCACAAGGAUCCAGCUGUCUGGGCGAUUUGGAUCACAUCAGUUGGAGGAACGAUCGGAUUCUCCAUUUUCUUGCAAUACGGCCCAACUUAUCUCAAUAAAAUAAGAUUUCAAUUUUAA